AAAACAGAAAGUGCCGGGAAAGACUAAACCCUGACCUCACAUACAUGAUCACCUUCACUCUCUUCAUUCCAAUCCACUUCCAAACACACACACACACUUGCAUACAAAAGAUCAAACACAUUUUGUGUAGUACUUUAGUUUCACUUGUGUUUCUUUAAGCACCUGAAGCUAUUAUGUCUACACAACUGAGUCAUUGUUCUUCCUCAACUAAUAACAUUUCAUCCUGUUUGAUCAAGAAACACACCCUCUUGCUCAAACCACUUGUCAUUGUCCCAUCAAGAAUCAAUUCUUUCAAAAGGGUCUCUCUGAUUCAUUCGAGUAUUCAUCCAAGAAAGGAUUUUGAGUUCAAGAACUCCAAUGGGCACCCUCUGAAUGCUGUUUCUUUGCAGGAUGGUUCAGCUGAAAAGUCUGUAGAGAGAGAACCAACAUCCUUAGAAAUGGGAAGAGAAGAGUCUAACCUCAGUGUCACUGUUGUUGGUGCUUCUGGGGACCUGGCCAAGAAGAAGAUUUUUCCCGCACUCUUUGCUUUGUUUUAUGAGGAUUGCCUACCAAAGAAUUUUUUAGUUUUUGGUUAUGCGCGAACCAAAAUGACUGACGACGAGCUGAGAAACAUGAUUAGCAAUACCUUGACUUGCAGAAUUGAUAAGAGCGCAAACUGUGGUGACAAGAUGAAUCAAUUUUUAGAAAGAUGUUUUUACCAUUCAGGACAAUACAAUUCAGAGGAGCACUUUUCAGAAUUAGACAAAAAGAUGAAAGUGAAAGAGGCUGGGCUUCGGUCAAAUAGGUUGUUUUAUUUAUCCGUACCUCCAAACAUAUUUGUAGAUGUCGCUAAAUGUGCUAGUGCCCAAGCUUCUUCAGCGAAUGGGUGGACAAGAGUUAUUGUUGAGAAGCCAUUUGGCCGUGAUUCAGAGUCAUCUGCAGAACUUACUAGAUGUCUAAAGCAGUACUUAGCAGAGGACCAGAUAUUCAGGAUUGAUCAUUACUUGGGCAAAGAGAUAGUUGAGAACCUAUCAGUGCUUCGCUUCUCAAAUCUUGUUUUCGAGCCACUUUGGUCAAGGAAUUACAUCCGAAAUGUGCAACUAAUAUUUUCCGAAGAUUUUGGUACAGAUGGCAGAGGAGGAUACUUUGACAACUACGGAAUCAUCAGAGAUAUAAUGCAAAAUCAUCUCCUACAAAUAUUAACACUUUUUGCGAUGGAGACACCCGUCAGCCUGGAUGCUGAGGAUAUACGAAAUGAAAAGGUCAAGGUUUUAAGGUCAAUGAGACCUCUGCAGCUUGAAGAUGUAAUUGUAGGUCAAUAUAAGGGCCACAGCAAGGGUACCAAAUCAUAUCUAGGAUAUACAGAUGACCCAACUGUGCCGAAGGACAGUCUAACUCCAACAUUCGCAGCUGCAGCGCUGUUUAUUGAUAACGCACGAUGGGAUGGAGUUCCUUUCCUUAUGAAGGCGGGAAAGGCACUCCAUACUAGGCGUGCAGAAAUCAGAGUUCAGUUCAGGCAUGUCCCUGGUAAUUUGUACAAGAAUAAUUUUGGGACAAAUCUAGACAAAGCUACAAAUGAACUAGUGCUUCGUGUGCAACCGGAUCAAGCCAUAUAUCUGAAGAUUAACAACAAAGUUCCUGGUCUUGGAAUGAGAUUGGAUCGUAGCGACCUUAAUUUGCUUUACAGUGCAAGGUAUUCGAAAGAAGCAAUAGAUGCGUACGAGCGACUCCUAAUAGAUGCAAUAGAAGGAGAGCGAAGACUGUUUAUUAGAAGUGAUGAGCUAGAUGCUGCUUGGUCUCUGUUUACACCAUUACUCAAGGAACUAGAAAAGAAGAAGAUUGCUCCAGAGCUCUAUCCUUAUGGUAGUAGAGGACCAGUUGGAGCACAUUAUCUUGCUGCAAAACACAAUGUUCGAUGGGGAGAUCUUAGUAGUGAUGAAUAGUUGAUGGUAACAAAUCGUGAUCUCGCUUAUAUUCUUACAGAUAUUUUUAUGUUAAAUUCUCAAGGUCAUCUAUGUAAAUUUCUUGUAUAAUUGUAUUUUCACGUGGCGUGAUGCUAAAUGGGAACUAGAUAAUUAUACUUGCUUUA